GAACUAUAUAACAUACUGGAAGCCGCGCUACCAUAGAAAGUGGCCGAUCCAGCCUGUUAGACAAGGAGGCGCUAAAAGGUGAUGCGUUCUUUGUUUCUCUAACGUAUUACGGUCGAUUCGUCUAAAGUUCUCACACCAUAGUAGAUGAAACAAAACUGUAUCUCGGGUAAUAUGUAAGACAAGGAAAGCAUGACCACUUAGCACUAUCUCUCUCGGCUCGGGAAUAAUGAACAAAACGUAUCUUUGCGCAGCUUCCAGUAUGUUAUAUAGUUCAAUGGCAUGAACUAAAGAUUUUCAGCGCUGGCAGUGAAUUUUAGAACACGCCCUGUAUAUACAUCGCAAGAAUUGAUCAAAAAUGGCUUUUCUCUGUCGAUAUAUAAAACAAAUCGGAAAAAGUUUAAUAACAUUCGAACCUACAAGAAAUAUAUCAUUGUCUGCGACCACAUGUUUAAGAGAAAUAACUGAAAAGAAGGAAAAUAAUGUUUUAACGAUUGAAGCUCAUUAUGUACCUCAUAAGAAGGAACACCUACAAUUGAAAUUGGACUCGAAAGCAUGUUCCCUUUGUGCUACAAAACUUAAUGUUAAACACACAGAUGUUCUCAUACUAAGUCAAUUCCUACGAUCAGAUGGCUGUAUGUUACCACGUAGAGUAACACGUCUAUGUGAUGUGCAACAGAAAAGAGUUACUGCUCUUGUAGCUAUGGCUCAGAAAGCAGGCUUGAUGCCAAAUUUGACUCCAAAGUCGAGUAAAAAGAAUCCUAAACGUAGACGAGACUGGAAAAAAUUUAACAUGUAUUUCGAUGAGAAAACCAUUAAAAAUAGAUAUAGGAACUAUUAAAUAUAUGGCAUAAAAUUAUAUAAAUAAUUAUAUAAAUUAUACAAAUAAUAACAUUUACUAAUUUAUAGUUAUACGAAU